CACUCUCUUCCUCCUCCCUUAUUAAUUUAAGUAAAGAGCAAUAUAAGAAAUUGAUUCUGUCAUCUAAGUGUCCACGUGGCCUAAUCCCCUGAGUUUCUGCCAGCGUUUCAGACAACAAUUCUUUCCCCUUGCCUUUGCAUAUUCAUUAAGUUUUCAUGGCGAUUGGUGAAAAUUCGUGUAGAGAUAUUUAAAUUAUAUUUAUGUGUUAGUACUGCUGGUGGUUGAUCGAUUUCUCACUGAUGAAGUUAUCGCCUCUUAGUUUCUCUACGGGUUCGAGUUUCAGUCACGCUGAUGGAAUCGACGACGGUGUUGAGUUAAGAUCAUCUCCAUUUUCCGGCGGCGCAAUGCUGCCGGUUUUUCUCAACGAUUUGAGUCGUAGUAAUGGAGAAUCCGGAAGCGGUAGUAGCUGGGAAAGAGAGCUCGUGGAGGUGACUUUGGAGCUUGACGUCGGCGAUGACUCCAUACUCAUCUGCGGAAUGUCGGAGGCGGCGGAGGCGGUGGAAGCGGCGUCUGUUGAUUCUCGGCCGAGAUCGGUGGAUUUAGUAACCGCAAGAUUGUCGAGGAGUUUAUCGACUGCGUCUACGAAAAUCCGGCAGAAACUGGGGAAAUUACUGAGGUCGGAAUCUUGGAAAACGACGACGUCUUCCACCGCCGGCGAGAGAGAUAGAGAUCUCGAACGUCAGACGGGGGAGACUUCGGGGAUUAUGACGGCGAGGGAUAAGCGGAGAGAAAACGCGAUAUUACAGCGAUCAACAUCGAGUGCGCAAAGAGCGUUAAAAGGAUUACAAUUUAUCAAUAAAACCACGAGAGGAAACAGCUGCAACUGCGAUUGGGAUUGCAGUUGCGAUCAGAUGUGGAAAAAAGUUGAGAAACGAUUCGAAUCGCUUUCUAAAGAAGGAUUACUAGCGCGAGACGAUUUUGGCGAGUGCGUUGGGAUGGUGGAUUCGAAAGAGUUCGCGGUGAGUGUAUUCGACGCUUUGGCUAGAAGAAGGAGACAAAAACUGGAGAAGAUAACGAAAGAUGAACUUCAUGAUUUCUGGUUACAGAUUUCUGACCAAAGCUUCGACGCCCGUCUUCAAAUAUUCUUCGACAUGGCUGAUAGCAACGAAGAUGGGAAGAUCACUAGAGAAGAAAUCAAAGAACUUUUGAUGCUAAGUGCAUCAGCAAACAAGUUAGCAAAACUCAAGGAACAAGCAGAAGAGUACGCAUCUCUGAUCAUGGAAGAACUUGAUCCUGAGAAUUUUGGAUACAUUGAGUUAUGGCAACUGGAGACACUCUUACUUCAGAGAGACGCAUACAUGAAUUACAGUAGACCGCUUAGCACAACAAGCGCUGGAGUGAGUACACCAAGACGGAAUCUAAUCAGACCUCGUCAUGUGGUUCGAAAAUGUAGAAAAAAACUUCAGUGUCUGGUUCUAGAUAAUUGGCAAAGAAGCUGGGUUCUUUUACUGUGGAUCAUGCUUAUGGCCAUCCUAUUCGUCUGGAAGUUUCUUGAGUACAGAGAAAAAGCUGCGUUUAAGGUCAUGGGGUAUUGUUUAACCACUGCUAAAGGAGCUGCAGAGACUCUUAAGCUCAAUAUGGCUCUGGUUUUAUUACCUGUUUGCAGAAACACAUUGACUUGGCUAAGAUCUACACGCGCUCGAGCUUGUGUUCCUUUUGAUGACAACAUCAAUUUCCAUAAGAUUAUUGCUUGUGCCAUAGCGAUUGGGAUACUUGUUCAUGCUGGUACUCAUUUGGCGUGUGAUUUCCCCCGGAUUAUAAACUCGAGUCCAGAAGAAUUCGCCUUGAUCGCUUCUGCCUUCAAUGGUACUAAGCCCACAUUCAAAGACCUGAUGACAGGUGCAGAAGGAAUCACCGGGAUCUCGAUGGUGAUCUUGACAACCAUCGCAUUCACAUUAGCAUCAACUCAUUUCAGGAGAAACCGUGUGAGGCUUCCGGCACCACUUGAUCGGUUGACUGGUUUUAACGCAUUCUGGUACACUCAUCACCUUCUAGUGGUUGUCUACAUCAUGCUCAUUGUCCACGGUACCUUCCUGUUCUUUGCUGAUAAGUGGUAUCAGAAAACUGUUUCUAUGCUACCUGGAGAAGUACUCAGCUUAAUCAUGUCAAAGCCUCCUGGAUUCAAGUACAAGAGCGGUCAAUACAUAUUCUUGCAGUGUCCAACUAUCUCUCGAUUUGAAUGGCACCCAUUUUCUAUUACCUCUGCACCAGGAGAUGACCAACUUAGUGUUCACAUCCGAACACUCGGAGACUGGACAGAGGAGCUACGACGAGUUCUAACUGUGGGCAAAGAUCUUUCAACAUGCGUGAUUGGGCGUUCAAAAUUCUCUGCCUAUUGCAAUAUUGAUACAAUAAACCGACCAAAAUUACUAGUAGACGGCCCAUAUGGAGCUCCAGCACAGGACUACAGAAGCUAUGAUGUCUUACUCCUCAUUGGAUUGGGAAUAGGAGCUACUCCUUUCAUAAGUAUCCUGAAGGAUCUCCUGAACAAUUCAAGAGACGAACAAACAGACAAUGAAUUCAGCAGAUCGGAUUUCAGCUGGAAUAGCUAUACAUCUUCAUAUACCACAACAACCCCAACUUCAACACAUGGAGGGAAAAAGAAAGCAGUGAAGGCUCACUUUUACUGGGUCACAAGGGAGCCAGGAUCCGUUGAAUGGUUUAGAGGAGUAAUGGAAGAAAUAUCAGACAUGGACUGCAGAGGCCAGAUUGAGUUGCACAACUAUCUUACAAGCGUAUAUGAUGAAGGUGAUGCAAGAUCAACCCUGAUAAAAAUGGUUCAGGCUUUGAACCAUGCCAAACAUGGAGUUGAUAUUCUAUCCGGAACACGGGUGAGAACACAUUUUGCAAGGCCCAACUGGAAGGAAGUCUUCAGUAGCAUAGCAAGAAAGCAUCCAAAUUCGACAGUCGGCGUGUUUUACUGCGGCAUACCAACCGUGGCAAAGGAGUUGAAGAAGCAAGCACAAGACAUGAGUCAAAAAACAACCACACGGUUCGAAUUCCAUAAGGAGCAUUUCUAAUUCAAUGUUACAAGCCAGCUUCUAUCACUUUCCCUAAAGUGAGAUUGAAGCCAUUAUUUUUCAUACUAACUUCACAGUCACUUAGCAAAGUAGAUUAUAUACACUAUGUCACAAACAUUGUCUUGCCUAUUUGUAUAGACCCGCCUAAAGGCAUGAAAAUAACAAAUAUAAGUUACUCUA